CAUUGUGAUCCCGGGCGUGGGAUAUGAUAUGGAGGGCUGGGGUAUUCGGUCUGUUCAGCCCGUGGACGAUGCCAGUCACAAUGUGUCUCCGUUUGCAGAGACCCUGCCCCUGACUCCGGUCCUGACUCUAGCCCUGAUCAUGGCCUCAGUCUUGACUUUGACCUGUGCCCUGACCUUGAGCCCUGCCCCGGCGCGGCUGGGCCAGUCCUCCACGCUGACCUGCCGCUUCGACCGGCCCCGGGCUCCCGACCUGGGCGUGGAGUGGAGCCUGCGGAGACCCCGCCAGACCCUGGUGGCCUACAGCUACAACGACGGGGCGAGUCAACCCCAGUACCAGGACGCCCGCUUCAUGGGAAGGGCGACCCUCGACGAGACGCUGCUCGACCUGGGGGACGCGUCUCUCCGCCUGCACAACGUCACGGUCCAGGAUGAGGGCAGAUACCGGUGCAUAGUGCACACCCGGGACUGGAAAACCGAGACCGACACUGAGUUCAACGUUACAGCUCCUUUCAGCGUCCCUCGGGUGAGCUGUCACGCCGGGCCGGGUCCCGUGGUGAGGCUGACCUGCCUGGCGACAGGCGGCUACCCUUCCUCCAAGCUGGGCUGGCGCUGGGACAACGGCAGCGCGUACGGGCCCGGGGCCUCGGGUACGGAGACGAGGUCGGCUACGGAUGGGACCUUCGAGCUCCGGAGCAGCCUGGACGUGGCGGUGAGCCGGGCGCCCGCCCUGCGGUGUGUGCUCGGCCGUCCCGGUAGCAACCGGUCCGAGAGCAGCCGCGCCACGUGCCCCGCCGGGAGGAGCGAGGGCAGCGUCUCCAUGCCGGGCCGCUGCUCAAACAACGACGGUUCCCCGGCCCCCUGCUCUCCGCACCGACGCAUCGGCGUGGUCCUCAGCGCUGUGCUGCUGUUGCUGCUGCUCGUGUUGCUGGCCUUACUGCUGUGCCAGGAGCGAGGGUCAACCACAUGA